AUGGAUGAUAGCAGCAGUGGUGUGAUGGGAACAUUUUUCCAGUUAUUUGCAUCUGUCAUUGCAAACCUGAUGGCCAUUACCGACGGCAUGACCAUGGGAUGGACAGCUCCGAUGAUACCCUACUUCCUCAGCGAAGAAUCCCACAUUAAAAUGACCAGGUCCCAAGCCGAAUGGCUGGAAUCCUGCAUACUGAUCGGAGCCAUCCUAGGCCUGCCAUUCACCAUAUACUUCGUCGAAAAAAUCGGCAGGAGGAAAUCCCUCAUCCUCUCCACUGCCCUACUAAUAAUUUGCUGGGUGGUGAUCGCUGUAGGCGACAGAGUCGAGUACCUUUAUGCCGCCAGGCUGUUCAAAGGCUUGGGUCUCAACAUGGCGUUCGUGGCUGCGCCUAUGUAUGUCGGCGAGAUAGCCCACAAGAAAAUAAGAGGGUUCCUAUCCAGUAUCACGUUCGUUAUGAUGCUGAUCGGAGUGCUGCUGAUUUACGGUUUGGGGCCCUUCGUACCGUACUUUGUGCCGUCUGUGAUAGCUGGAGUGGUGCUGCUGAUCGAAUGCGUUGUCUUCUAUUUUUUGCCCGAGUCACCGUACUAUUUGAUGAUGAAUAAUGAGCAUGAAGCAGCCAAAGAAUCAUUGAAGCGGUUCAGAGGAAAAGAUGCCAAUAUCGAAGAAGAACUCAAAGAAAUAACAGAAACAGCCAUGAAAGAGAGAAACGAACAGAUCAAAUCACUCAAAGAACUCUACCAAGUCAAAAACUACCGAAAGGCAUUGCAAAUAAUGUUCAUCCUAAACUUUGCGCAGCUGUUCAGCAGCUUCGAAGUGAUCAUGAUGAAUCUCCACGAAAUCUUAGAAAGCGCAGGGUCAAUCUACAUGAACCCGUCCAUUGCAGCUAUCAUAUUCGCAGCUAUUAUGUUGGUAUCCGCCAUAGUAGCUGCUGCCACAAUGGACAGCUUCGGCAGAAAAGUAUUACUGGUAGUUUCCUGUAUUCUGACAGGGAUUUGCCUGCUUGUUCUGGCCAUCUACUUCAACGUCAAGGCGAUGGGUUUCGAUGUGGAGAAAAUCAGCUGGAUACCCAUAGCCUCGGUCAUGGUUUACGCAGCUGUGUUCAAAGUCGGUUUGGGAAUGGUUCCCAUUGUGAUGACAGCAGAGAUAUUCGCUUCGAAGAUAAAGGCGAUAGGAAUGACAGCUGCUGAUGGGGCAUACGUAUUAGCAUCGAUAAUAGCUUUGCAAGUGUAUUUCAAUCUGAAGAGUGCGUUUGGGAUUUACGUACCAUUUUAUAUAUUCAGUGGCUGCGCAUUUUCGACGAGUAUAUACGUUGUGUUUUUUGUACCAGAGACUAAAGGAAAGAGUUUGGAGGACAUUCAAAGGAUGUUGAGAGGAAGAGUAGAUGAUAAUGUCGAGAAAGGUGCCGAAGCUGCCCAGGAGACUGGUGAAUCUCCAAAAGCGAAUUUAGGUUGA